UUUAGUUUUUUUGAUGUUUUUCGUUUUCGUGUUUUUGUAUUAGUUUUUUUGAUUUUUUGUUUUUUCGUUUGUUUUAGUUUUUAAAUUCAUUUUGUUCUUUUUAGUUUUAGUUUUUAAAUUAAUUCUGUUGUUUUUUUUCUAAUUUUUAAUUCAUUGUUUUUUUUUUAUUUUACAGAUGCAGGCCACCAGGAGGGAGCGGGCCUACCUGCGGGAGGCCAACGAGUGGCUGCGGUGGGAGGAUGCGGAGGGUGAAAUCCUGGAUGGCGAGAACAUUUUCGCCAUCCAGGAUCUCCAUAACCGGGCCGCCAAAUGGUUGGCGGAUGCGGAGGACGAGGCCUACCUGGCCGGAGCCCGUUGGGAGGGAGGUGUCGGCCCAGACACCCCGAGAGCGCGGUGGGUCCGCGCUCUGAGGCGCGAGGCGCGCCAGUUCGAGGCCGAGGGUGAGCAGGUGCUCGCCCUAUACGACGUGUGGGAUGCCUGGAGUCUCAGGAUCCUCUUCGGGGAGGAGCCCGCCCAGCCUGACCUGACGGAGGAGGACUGGUCCCUGGAGCAGUGGGACUGAGACCCCUGCCCCCCCCCUCCAACUUGAUUUAAAUUAAAAAAAAAAAAAUGUAUUUUUAAUUUUAAGUUUUUUGAAAAAUAAAACAAAAUUUUAAAAGCAAUAUUUACUUGCUUAUUUAUUUAUUUAUU